GUGGCGCCGUUGCCGCAGUGACAGAACCGGGGGAGUGGGAAGAUGGCGGCGUCGCGUCGCUCUCAGCAUCAUCACCACCAUCAUCAACAACAGCUCCAGCCCGCCCCAGGGGCUUCGGCGCCGCCACCGCCACCUCCCCCGCCGCUCAGCCCGGGCCUGGCCCCGGGACCCACCCCGGCCUCGCCCACGGCCGGCGGCCUGGCGCCCUUUGCCUCCCCGCGGCACGGCCUGGCACUGCCAGAGGGGGAUGGCAGCCGGGACCCGCCCGACAGGCCGCGAUCUCCCGACCCGGUGGACGGCGCCGUCUGCUCGGUGGCAGCAACGGCCGCGGUCCCGGCAGCUUCCGCCGCCGUCGGAGUCGCUCCCAGCGCAGCCGGCGGUGGCGGUAACAACUCCGCGUCGUCCACUUCUUCCCCGACUUCUUCUUCGUCUUCCUCCCCGUCCUCCCCUGGCUCGAGCUUAGCGGAAAGCCCCGAGGCGGCCGGAGUUGGCUCCACAGCAACUUUGGGACCCGGGGCGGCGGGCCUCGGCCCGGGGGUCCCAGCCGUGAGCGGGGCCCUGCGGGAGCUGCUGGAGGCCUGUCGCAAUGGGGACGUGUCCCGGGUGAAGAGGUUGGUGGACGCAGCGAACGUGAAUGCAAAGGACAUGGCCGGCCGAAAGUCUUCUCCUCUGCACUUCGCCGCAGGUUUUGGAAGGAAGGAUGUUGUAGAACACUUGCUGCAGAUGGGUGCUAACGUCCAUGCUCGUGAUGACGGGGGUCUCAUCCCACUUCAUAAUGCCUGUUCUUUCGGCCAUGCUGAGGUUGUGAGUUUGUUACUGUGCCAAGGAGCAGAUCCAAAUGCCAGAGAUAACUGGAACUACACACCUCUGCAUGAAGCUGCCAUUAAAGGGAAAAUCGAUGUCUGUAUUGUGCUGCUGCAGCACGGAGCUGAUCCAAACAUUCGGAACACUGAUGGGAAAUCAGCUCUGGACCUGGCAGAUCCUUCAGCAAAAGCUGUCCUCACAGGUGAAUACAAAAAAGACGAACUCCUAGAAGCUGCUAGGAGUGGUAAUGAAGAAAAACUAAUGGCUUUACUGACGCCUCUAAAUGUGAAUUGCCAUGCAAGUGAUGGGCGAAAGUCUACUCCUUUACACCUGGCAGCAGGCUACAACAGAGUUCGCAUAGUUCAGCUGCUUCUCCAGCAUGGUGCUGAUGUUCAUGCAAAAGACAAAGGCGGACUUGUACCUCUUCACAAUGCAUGCUCGUAUGGACACUAUGAGGUCACAGAGCUGCUGCUGAAGCAUGGAGCCUGUGUUAAUGCUAUGGAUCUGUGGCAGUUCACUCCACUACAUGAAGCUGCUUCCAAGAACCGUGUAGAAGUCUGUUCUUUGUUACUUAGCCAUGGUGCAGAUCCUACCUUGGUCAACUGCCAUGGCAAAAGUGCUAUUGAUAUGGCUCCAACUCCUGAGCUCCGGGAAAGACUGACUUAUGAGUUUAAAGGCCAUUCUUUACUGCAAGCAGCCAGAGAAGCAGACCUGGCGAAAGUUAAGAAAACACUUGCUUUGGAAAUCAUCAACUUCAAGCAGCCACAGUCUCAUGAAACAGCACUGCACUGCGCUGUGGCCUCCUUGCAUCCCAAAAGAAAGCAAGUGGCAGAACUGCUACUUAGGAAAGGAGCCAAUGUCAACGAAAAGAACAAGGAUUUCAUGACCCCUUUGCAUGUCGCAGCUGAAAGAGCUCAUAAUGACGUCAUGGAAGUUCUGCAUAAGCACGGAGCAAAGAUGAAUGCACUGGACAGUCUUGGACAGACUGCUUUGCAUAGAGCUGCCUUAGCAGGCCAUCUGCAGACCUGCCGCCUCCUGCUAAGUUAUGGCUCUGACCCUUCCAUCAUCUCCCUGCAAGGCUUUACAGCAGCACAGAUGGGGAAUGAAGCAGUGCAGCAGAUUCUAAGUGAGAGUACUCCUAUCCGCACUUCUGAUGUGGACUAUCGACUCCUGGAGGCCUCAAAAGCUGGGGACUUAGAAACUGUGAAGCAACUCUGCAGCCCACAGAAUGUGAAUUGCAGAGAUCUGGAGGGCCGGCAUUCUACACCCCUACACUUUGCUGCAGGCUAUAACCGUGUGUCUGUUGUGGAGUACCUUCUACACCAUGGAGCUGAUGUCCAUGCCAAAGACAAAGGUGGCCUGGUUCCUCUUCACAAUGCCUGCUCCUAUGGACACUACGAGGUAGCUGAGCUCUUGGUGAGGCAUGGAGCUUCCGUCAAUGUGGCAGACUUGUGGAAAUUUACCCCUCUCCAUGAAGCGGCAGCCAAGGGAAAAUAUGAAAUCUGCAAGCUCCUUCUAAAACAUGGAGCAGAUCCAACCAAGAAAAAUAGAGAUGGAAAUACACCACUAGAUCUGGUCAAAGAAGGAGACACAGAUAUUCAGGACCUACUGAGGGGGGAUGCCGCACUGUUGGAUGCUGCCAAGAAGGGCUGCCUGGCCAGAGUACAGAAGCUUUGUACCCCAGAGAAUAUCAACUGCAGAGACACCCAGGGCAGAAACUCAACUCCUCUGCACCUGGCAGCAGGCUACAAUAACCUGGAAGUAGCUGAGUACCUUCUAGAGCAUGGAGCUGAUGUUAAUGCCCAGGACAAAGGAGGUUUAAUUCCACUUCACAAUGCAGCAUCUUAUGGGCAUGUUGACAUAGCGGCGCUACUGAUAAAAUACAACACAUGUGUAAACGCGACAGACAAGUGGGCCUUUACUCCGCUUCAUGAAGCGGCCCAGAAAGGAAGGACACAGUUGUGUGCCCUACUCCUAGCACAUGGUGCAGACCCAACCAUGAAGAACCAGGAAGGUCAGACACCUUUAGAUCUGGCAACGGCUGAUGAUAUCCGAGCUUUGCUGAUAGAUGCCAUGCCCCCAGAGGCCUUGCCUACCUGUUUUAAACCUCAAGCAACUGUGGUUAGUGCCUCUCUGAUCUCACCAGCGUCCACCCCCUCCUGCCUCUCUGCUGCCAGCAGCAUAGAUAACCUGACUGGCCCUUUGGCGGAGCUGGCUGUAGGAGGGGCCUCCAAUGCAGGGGAUGGCGCUGCCGGUGCAGAAAGGAAAGAAGGAGAAGUUGCGGGUCUUGAUAUGAAUAUCAGCCAAUUCCUUAAAAGCCUUGGCCUUGAGCAUCUCCGGGAUAUCUUUGAAACAGAGCAGAUUACAUUAGAUGUGUUGGCUGAUAUGGGUCAUGAAGAACUGAAAGAAAUAGGCAUCAAUGCAUAUGGGCACCGCCACAAGCUAAUUAAGGGUGUUGAAAGACUUUUAGGUGGGCAACAAGGAACCAAUCCGUAUUUGACUUUUCACUGUGUGAAUCAGGGGACUAUUUUGCUAGAUCUUGCUCCAGAAGACAAAGAGUAUCAGUCAGUAGAAGAAGAGAUGCAGAGUACUAUCCGAGAGCACAGAGAUGGUGGAAAUGCUGGUGGCAUUUUCAACAGAUACAAUGUCAUUCGGAUUCAGAAAGUUGUGAACAAAAAGCUGAGGGAGCGGUUCUGUCACAGACAGAAAGAGGUGUCUGAGGAGAAUCACAACCAUCACAAUGAACGCAUGCUGUUCCACGGUUCUCCUUUCAUUAAUGCAAUUAUUCAUAAAGGGUUUGAUGAGCGACAUGCAUAUAUUGGAGGGAUGUUUGGAGCUGGAAUUUACUUUGCUGAAAACUCCUCAAAAAGCAACCAGUAUGUUUAUGGGAUUGGAGGAGGCACAGGCUGUCCCACUCACAAAGACCGGUCAUGUUAUAUAUGCCACAGACAAAUGCUUUUCUGUAGAGUGACCCUUGGGAAAUCCUUUCUGCAAUUCAGCACCAUGAAAAUGGCUCACGCUCCUCCAGGGCAUCAUUCAGUCAUUGGUAGACCAAGUGUCAAUGGUCUGGCGUAUGCUGAAUAUGUCAUCUACCGAGGAGAACAGGCGUAUCCAGAAUAUCUCAUCACCUACCAGAUCAUGAAGCCGGAAGCCCCUUCACAGACUGCAACAGCUGCAGAGCAGAAGACCUAGUGACUACCCUGGUGAAGGCCAGAGUGAGUCAAACCUGCGACUGGAUUACAGUGAAUUGCUUCCAACAACAACGAAAAAACAAUAUUCUCUAACCCAACAGCCAAGAAAUGUGCUGUUUGUCUUUUAUAACGCGUUGCUCGAGUGAUGGUACAGUGAGUGGCUGAGCACUCUCACCUGCCUCUUCCCUUUGAGGAGAUGUUUACUGGGCGGCCCUGAUCCUGUCUCGUCGGGCUCCUUUUCCUACGGUUAACCAUUUCUAAAGCAAGAUGCUUUGCUUGAGACACAGAAAUGGGAAAAGGGAAUAUUCACACACUACAUUUUCUUUAUUGUGUUUGGCACAUGUAUAGCAGAUAGACACAUGUGACGGGCUCAUUUUUAGUUUUGCAAAACAACUAUGGUUGAUGCUUCUUGUUGUUUGUUGUUGUCAUUGUUACUUUGAAAAUGAGCCAGAGUCUUCCUGGGAUAUUUUGCAGAAUCACAUUGACUAAAAUCCUUAGCAAUGCAAUCAGAGCUUCUGACCGAGCAAACUGCUUCCACAUCUCUUGUUAGAUUUUGUAUCUCCGCUUCUUGUGAGCAUUAAAGAAGAGCAUCAAGGUUUACUUUCCUUUUAUAAACUGACCCAUCUGAAAAGAAAGGGUGCAAACACCUCUCUGUGUUCUUUGCAGUCUGCAGGGCUCACAGGACCAUGCUACAAAUGCCCAAAGAGCAUUCAUUGCCAGGGAGAGGUCUGAGGGAGGCAGCUGUGACUUCUCUUCCUGACGAAUGACUACCAGGUUGUGAGGGAGGAACCCAUUAAGAAACGGGGUGAGUGGAACGCAGUGCUUUGUGGCUGCAGCCAGGCCAACCCAGGGAUGUCUCAAUAAAAACUUCACUUAAUCUGAACUGCCAGAAUUGUCACCCCUUUAUGUCACCCAACAUUGCCCUUUGCUUCCAAAGUCAGGGAGCUGUCAUACUCCAUUAGGGUCCCCAGCAUUUUACUCUCCUCUUUAGUUUAGAAAGCCAGGAUUCAGACCCGAAGAAAGAAAUGUGCACAAACGCAAGGACUUUCUGUUUCCUCCACACUCAGCCUUUAUUUUGAGUAGUUUCACAUGGCUUAUAAAGAUCCCUUUAUCUCAAUUUUCCAACCAUUUCCUUAAAGUUCUUAAUAUAUUUAUACAAGAAAAACGAAAAUUGAAACCAAAGGCUCUUUGACUUAUUUUUUUAAAUGCCCCUGAUAGAGAAACGUCUCUUUGUGAAAGUACCUGCUUGUUCUAAUGGCAUUCGCCAAGUGUGUGCGACACUGAGCAAAACACGCUUCCUGCUGAUGCCCUCGUGGGCCUUAACUGAGUAUUGAACUGAACACAUUAUUUAGGUUUAUACUGCAUCUGUCUUCUCAGUUUUGAAGCAAAAGUCAUAUAAACAUAGAGGGAAAACAGUGUGCCACACUUACCAUUUCAGUCGGAAGUCCCGAAAAUAGGUUUUUGGUGUUGUUUUUUUUUUUAAUUUUUUAAUGUAAACAUAUUAAGCUGUGACCAUCUUCAUUUCCCUGGCUCUCAAAGUACACAUUUCUUUUUUUCAUUUUAUUUAUUAAAUUUUGUUAGCUUGAGCCCAAUGCUAGAACUAGGCAUCCAGUCUAGGGUGAACUUUAUAGUUAGAUCUUGCAUGGGUUCCUCAAAAUUAAGAAUUAGCCUCAGUUUUUACUUCUAUUGAAGUUCUGUGGCCUGAGCUGGGUGAUUGUGUCUUCGGCUGUGGGUUUAAUAGCAGCUAGGGUUCCAUGUAAGCUUCAAAAGUUGGUGUUGGUUCAGAGAGCUUUCUCCUUGCUUUUUUUCUCCCACUGUUAACAAAGGCUGAAGAAAUUACCAUCUGUGUAGUUGUAGUAGCUAAAAUGUGUGUGUUAUUUGCCUCCUCCUGACUAGAACACUAAAUGCAGCUGUGGUUUUAGUUAAGUAAAGGAGUUAAGUGGUAUAGAGAUUCAUGAAAGCUUUACCGCUUCAUUAAAAGAUGAACCACUGUCUGGCUGAGGUUGUGUAUCGUGUCUCCAUCGUACUAGCGAGGUUAACUUGGGCCUUACCUUGAGGAGGUAGCUGUGGUUCACUAACCACCUGUGCUGCAUGCCUCAUGUCCUCUGUGCCAAGGAAAGGCACUGUAGAAAGCUUGCAGUGCUCGUCAUCUUGGUAUGACUCACAUAUGACAGAAUGCACAUAUACGACCUGUUUAAAAAGAGUGGGACAGUAGAGCUAACAGAUAUUAUCAGAACUUGAAAACCAGAGGCAUCGUCAGUGUAUUCAAGUUGGCAAAAGGUGAUUGUUUGGACUUUCUUGUAUAGCAAUAUAUGAAAAGCCCUCUGGAAUAUAAAAGCAUGGCAUGCAACUGAAAUCCGGUUAGUUUCUGUAUGUGCAUUAGUUAGAACCACCGGCAAGUUUCGGACUCCAGCUUCCCAAUGGAACUUCAGAGAGAAGUCAAGUGUCUCUAUGAGCCUCACUUCCAAGGGUUUUUCUAGAGCCCUCAUGGUCCCAGUUUACCGGGUCUGGCCAGCUAGACACUUAACUCAGGCAUAAAUUAAGGCUCAUACUUUACUCUUGCUCCUCCCCAGGUUGCUAAUCUAGUAUCAGAAGUAACUCCUGUGUUUGCCCCAUUCUCCUUCUUCCUUUCUUCAUCUUGGGCCUUACAGAAGGAAUGCAGGUCUCUGUAAUUUUCAUAUCAAGACCAGAACUGGGUUUAGUCCUCAUCCACUUUCUGCCAGUGUGCUAACAAAGGGCAGCACGGAAUCCAGUGUUUUCAUUCUAUACAAAAUAGUAACAGUACAGCCUUUCCCUUCUUAGCAGUUAGAGUUCCACACCGUGGAAGAUGCUAACAACACUAGCAUCUCCUGGAAGCAGCCCGGGCUCCUCUGAGCAUCAUGUUACCGACUAGACUCCACUCAUUUCUCUUUGCCAUCAAAGUAGCAAUGUGCACUUGGACUACAUAGAAGUACUUGAAUAUGGCAAACUAAUAAGCAUACAUUAACAGCUUUUUUACAAACAAUAAAAUUUUUGUUAAUGGUAGCAAGCAGCAUUACAGUGCAGUAAAUUGUCUAGGUUUUCCUCUAUUUCAGUAUACGCCCAGUUGCAUGAGAGGUAAAGACAUUGUUCCCUCUCCCCUUUAAACAUUCACUGUUUGGGUUCCUAUUAAUGGUCUUGUGAACAAAAAUGGUGUGUAUUUUUAAGCCCAUCUCUUCCCUGUCCUGUCCCCCAGCCCAUGUACCCAGAUCUGUUUGUGAGACAGCCUUCUUACCAUGUUUUCUGUUGCAUAGAGCUACAGACUUUAGAGCCAUUCAGCAACUAUUUAAAAACUAUAUUAAAAUAGGUUUUCAUGUAUCAGAAAUUAAAGACUGGUGUUUGGUGUCAAAGCAAUGACAAAGAAAUGAGAGUAAUUGUGAAAGUAAUAUUUAAAGUAUUGCUAGCUACAUCUAGCAUAUAAAAAAAAUUUUUUUUUGAAGACCGCCCUAAAAAGUGAAGCAUCUUCAGCCAAUUUAGGCAUUCUGCAGGUAACAGACAAUUGAGUUUUUCUUGUUAAGAAGGCCUUAUUCAUGGCAGAAACUUUUUACCCUUUUCUUAGUACUUGACUGGUGUUAGUGAGUGGCCAUGUCUCCGUACUCCCUGCCUGGGAAGUGUGUGUUAUGAAGCUUAUGUUGUAAGCAGUACGUCACACACAGCAGAGCUGGAACAUCUAGUUCCUCAGCCUCCACGUCUUCCGGUUUGAAAAUGGGGGAUUCAUAGUAUGUGAUCCCAUGUGGAGGUGGGGUAAUAUGGAAGUUGGGUCUUAGUCGUUUUAAAGUAUAAACUAUGAUACAUUAAAUUCAAAACCUGUAGGAAGUGAAGAUUUUAUAUACUCUAUAAGCUACAAUAUGGUCAUGAUAUGGACAGUUUUACACUUCUGCCAGAGUUCUGCAAGAUCCAGAAAACUCACACCAUAGAGAUAACUGCAUUUUCUCCCUUCAUUUCUCAUCUUCCAGAAUUAUUUCUUUGUCUACCCUUCAAAUGACCCUGGAUGCCCCUUGUUAGCUCAAAUUUGGUAACGUGGUGUCACUGAACCCCUCCCAAUGUGCAGGAAUUAAAACUAGAAAAUACCACGGUAGAAGACAGGGCUGAAAUUUUUUGAAGCUAGUAGCAUAGACUUAGUCAAUAACCUUGCUGUAUAGUAAACAUAUUCACUACACAGAACACUGCAACUCUUCCUGUGUGUAUAGUACCUGCUUCUGUUCCCAGUGUUUGUGCUAAGCUUAUUCUUUGUGCUAGUAAGAUUUGUCUCUGAUAGCUGCAAAACUAAAAAGGUACUUUGAUUGUCAAAAUCUCUCAGAAACUUAGGAAACCAGCGUGGAGACUGUUCUGACAACAGCAUUUGGAGUUGUGAUUGUGCUUUCUUCCUGUGAUGUUGGUCUGUGUGAAUAACCAGUGCAGUGGCCCUUGAGUUUGUCGUUAGUGUUCUCUUGUGUCUGGCCUGUGUGGAACCCGCCAGCAGCAGGAUUCCAACCCCACCCUGUUCUUUUUCCCACUUGUCCAUCUGUAGGUUUGUCAGACAAAAUACAAGAUGCCCAGUUAGAUUUGAAUUUCAGGCAGUUUUUUAGCUCAAGUAUAUUUCAUGCAAUAUUUGACGUAUCUGUGCAUUUUUUAAAAAUGUUCAUUAUCUGAAAUUCAGGUUUUUGACUGAAUAGCCUAGAUUUUCAUUUUAUUUGUAGUUUUUCUAAAUCUAAUAGCCUUAGUGGUUUGAUCACAAAAGGAUACUCACAGCAUGUAUAUUCUCUGGUCUUUAUGGCUUUCAUCUGAAAUGGAAGACCUCUCUCUCUCUCUCUCUCUCUCUCUCUCUCUCCUUCUUAUUUCUAAAAGAGGCAUCAAGGAACUUAACCAUCCUACAUGGUGGGUUUCUAUUUAAAACAUCUCUGUGAUUAUAUUUAACCUGUAAUUGUGCUUUGGCUUAAUGUCUAACUUACAGUACUUGUAACUGAUUAAUAUUCAAUAAAAACAUUUUAAAAUACA